GGGACGUGCCGUCCUUGCGCUGUGCCCCACAGGGGACAGCCAUGGCUAGCUCAGCCCUGGGAGCCACCCUCGCUGUGCUGGCCUCGCUCAUCAUCACUGCCAACGUGCUGGUGGCCAUUGCUCUCCUUCGCCUCAUCCAGAAGAGCAGCUCCAAGGGGCUCUAUUUUGUCCUUAAUCUCGCCGUUGCGGAUGCCAUGGUUGGCUUCACGGUCAUGGGUUUGGUCAUGGAUGAAUUUUCCCAGCCCUUUUAUCCUCCCCAGAUCUUCUGCGUUUUGAGAAUGGCUUUCGUGACCUCCUCUUCUGCUGCCUCUAUCCUAUCCCUGAUUAUGGUUGCGUGUGACCGGCACCUGGCAAUCAGGAAGCCUUUCCACUAUUUCCAGCGGGUGACAGGCUUGCGGGUCGGGGUGCGCUUGGUGGGGCUCUGGCUGGUCGCUGCCAUCAUCGGCUUCCUCCCAGUCCUCAGUCCGAGCUUUCAGAAGAUCUCCACCCAUGAGAAGUGCUCCUUCUUCGGGGUCUUCCACCCUGCCUACAUGCUCACCGUCUUCUGUGUCGGCUUCUUCCCAGCGCUCUUUCUCUUCAUUUAUCUCUACUGUGACAUGCUGAAAAUUGCCUCUGUGCAUGUGCAGCAUAUCCAGAAAGUGGAGCAUGCAGGGCUGGCGGGGGGCUGCCCCCCAUCCCGCACCACCAGCGACAUGAAGGCCAUGCGCACUGUCGCCAUGCUCAUCGGGUGCUUCACGCUGUCCUGGCUGCCGUUCUUCAUCGCCAGCAUCGUGCAAACUGUCUGUCUUGAGUGCUUCCCCUACAGAGUCAUUGAGAACUACCUCUGGCUGCUGGGACUGUGCAACUCCCUCCUGAACCCCCUGCUCUACUCCUACUGGCAGAAGGAUGUGCGGCUGCAGCUCUCCCAGCUGGCUGCAGACGUGAAGAGGAGAGUCCUCCUCCACCUGGGGAAUGGCCACCGUUUCUCUGGUAGAGGCACCAAGUCUCUCCCCACUGUGUCCUGUCUGCGGCUCCAGGACUGA